AUGAAUAUAGACCCAACGAUUAGCCAUGAAAUGCUCUUCAGCGAACGCCCGCGGACUGCUUUUACAAUGUCCCCGGAUCAGGCGCUGUUCAGUUUGGUUAAGGUUAUGCUUGGAACUGGACUUUUGUCGUUGCCGUUGGCUUUUAAACAUUCUGGACUUUGGUUAGGACUUUUUCUUCUAAUAAUUAUUUGCGGUGUUUGUACAUACUGCUGUCGAAAUUUGGUUCAUUCUUCUGUAUUUCUAUGCAAUCGAAAGCGACAAGAAAUUAUGGACUAUGGAAAUGCAAUGCCCUCGCAUGCAUUUUGUCGAUAA